AUACCGUAUUGAGCCGACUCAAUACCAGGUGGUUUGAACUUUGGAGUCAGGGUGGUUUUCAUCGGUUUAAUGGCUUUCACUGCUACAUGUUCUUCUCUCAUUUUGAAGUCGAAUAUUUUUCAAUCGUGACAUUCACCUGGUAGAUCGCCUGCAUCUCCAAUGAGUUUAUUCCACCUAUGCAGUCCACGACUACUACGGUUCUUCUUCAUCUCCAACUGCACACAAAAUUCUCUUCCAUCUCCUAUGUCGACUCGACUGGAUGCUUCUUUUUAUGUCGAUUUUCGUCAAUUCAUAACUCCUCUGCUCUGAUUCCCAUCGUUGGCUUCCAAUCGACCGAUGAGGUAACAGUUGAUCUGAAGCCUUGGCCUCCUCUCUCACACACUCGAUCGGAGGGAAAAUCUUUGAUUUAUGUGUGUUUAGCAAAUGCUCUUACAGCUCUAUAUGUGUUUAUGGGAGAUCAAGGAGCCGAACUCCAUUACCAAGUAUUCAUUAGGGAGAGCAAACAAUUUCUUCUAGUAGAUUAUCCGUUUGGACAUAACAACCUUGUUGGUGGGAUUAUCCGUUUGGAAGGCGAUUGCUCUACAAUUCAAGUUUAUGAAGAAACAACCGAACUGAUGAUGUAUGAUCAUGUUUUUUGGACAUACAAGAUGGAAUGCAAUAAAUCUGUGAAUUUUUUGAUGGAACAAGUGAUGAUGAUGGAAGAUAUAUAUCUAGUAUAUCUAUUAGUGUCUUUGUACUUCCAUUUUAUUUGUAAGCGCGUCUAACACCUACAAAUUAUUGUUUAUGUAUCACAAGCGUAUUUGCACUUUUUUUUUACCGGUAAUAACAAUAUGUCGUCGAUAAUAAUAUUGUACUUUCAUUUGUUUGCAC